AUGCCCGCCAGCGCGCGCAAGAAGGACAAGGUGCCAGCGCCGGGCGCCAAGGGGGAGAAGUCCACCGGCUUCUACACCAAGAAGAAGUGGAAGUCGGUGCUGCAGGAGACGCGGGUCGACCUCGCCGGCCGCGCCCUCGGGCCACGUGGCGCCCUCAUCGUUGGCACGGCCCUCCUCAAGAACACGUACGUCACCUCGCUCGAUCUAAGUCAGAACGAACUAGGCGAUGGCGGCGCGAUCGCGAUCGCCAGCAUGCUGCGCACCAACACCCAGUUACAGCACUUGAACUUGUCUCACAACGACAUGACGGACAUCGGCGGCAUCGCACUGGCGAGUGCGUUCAUCCCGAAUGUGAGUCCGUCUGGCCAGCCCGGUCAGUGGAACCGCACGCUGUUUAGCCUCGUUCUCAUGGGCAACCAGCUCGGCGAUGACACCCUCCUUGCCAUGAGCAACGCCGCGGCCUGUCACCGCGACUUGACCCGCGUGGACCUCUCGUGGAACAAGGUUGGACAGAACGGUACGAAGUGCCUCAUGCGCGCCUACCAGCGCAACCCCCUGUGCGUGUACCAACUAGCCGCCAACGCGCUCGGUGACGAAGGCACUGUGUACCUGUGCGAGGCGUUGCAGCGCUACGGCGGCAAGAGUCAGACAACGCUCAACCUAUACCGCAACGCCAUCAGCUGCCCCGGCACCGAAGCAGUUGGCCGACUUCUGGCGAACUCCUCCAUCGUGCAGGACGUGAGCCUCGCCGGUAACACGAUCGGCUUCAAGGGUGUGCAGGCACUGCAGCGUCAGUUGACGGACGCCGCCGUGAUCGCCAGCUGCUCCUUGCGCAUCCUCAACCUCAGCAACAACUGGAUUGGCGAUGAGGGGGCGGCAAGCGUAGCGGCCAUCAUCAAGGCCAAUAUUCCCUCGCUCGAGCGUCUCGACGUGUCCGAAAACAAAAUCACCGACGUUGGCGCCACCGCCAUUGUCACAGCGGCGCUGCAGAACACGCAUCUGCUGCUACUGAACUGCGAGGCAAACCACCUUGGAGCCAAGGCAGUAGACGCGGUGGUACAACUUAUCCAUGAGACGCGCACGCUGACAUCACUCAACGUGGCCGGCUGCGUCAACUCGGCUGAUCACCGGCGCACGCUGACCAUCGCGGUGGGUGAGACCGAUGGGCUGCACGUUGAGCUAGGCCCGAAUCCGGAAGAUGCGGCUGGUGCGGAGGGCACAGCCCUAAUAGAGAAGAUUACAGAGCACCUGCAGAUGCUGGCGGACCAAGAGGCGCAGCGGCAGAAGGAGAGCAUGGCUGCAAAGAAGCUGAAAAAGGCCCGCUAG